AGGGAAGAGUAGCUGAGUUAAAGGGGUUUUUCUUCUUCUCCAGUAAGAAAGCUCUAGCCUCAUCUUUCACCAGCGCCUCUCUGCUUCUUCUGCCUGCAACUCACCAAUCUCUCUCUCUCUCUCUCUCUCUAUCCCGCUGUGCGAGAGAGCGAAGAAGCCAGCGACUCUCCAGUUGAAGACACAGCUUGAAGGGCAAGGGUUUCAGGUGUAUACUUAUUCCAUCACUAAAAAUCUAUUGGAUGGCCAUUGUACCUUGUGGAAGCACAUCUGUUGCUCAAUGGGGUAUUCGACCUCAGUUUAUGCUUAGAUCCUAUAUGCAAAAUAGGAUAGUAACCUCUCAAUAUGGUCUUAACAACAAGAUGAGCUAUUUGACAGCACCGAGUUUAAGUCUAUUUUCUCGGGAUUCCUUCCCCUUAUUAUCCUAUGUGGGGCCAUCUCAAGCUGCAUAUCGUCGUAGGGGAUCACGAUUUACAGUUAGAGCUGAUCUUGAAUACUAUUCUGUACUUGGAGUGUCAAAAAAUGCAAGUAAAUCUGAAAUCAAAAGUGCUUACCGAAAACUUGCUAGGAGUUACCAUCCAGAUGUGAACAAAGAACCUGGGGCAGAGCAGAAGUUUAAGGAAAUUAGUAAUGCAUAUGAGGUCUUAUCAGAUGAUGAGAAACGAUCUUUAUAUGAUAGGUAUGGUGAGGCUGGACUUAAAGGUGCUGGUAUGGGCAUGGGGGAUUUCAGCAAUCCUUUUGAUUUGUUUGAGUCACUAUUUGAGAGCAUGGGAGGAAUGGGAGGUAUGGGCGGCAUGGGAGGCAGAGCUUCCAGGAAUAGAGCGGUAGAUGGCCAGGAUGAAUAUUACAAUCUUGUUUUAACUUUUAAGGAAGCAGUUUUUGGGGUUGAGAAAGAGAUUGAGAUAACCCGACUUGAGAGCUGUGGGACCUGCAAUGGUUCAGGUGCAAAACCUGGGACAAAGCCAUCUAAAUGUAGUGCAUGUGGUGGCCAAGGCCAGGUUGUCUCAUCUGCAAGGACUCCAUUAGGUGUCUUCCAGCAGGUAAUGACCUGCUCUUCGUGUGGUGGGACAGGAGAAACAUUUACCCCCUGCAACGCUUGUUCUGGGGAUGGACGGGUAAGGAGAACAAAGCGUAUCAGUUUGAAAGUGCCAGCAGGUGUGGACUCUGGAAGCCGUUUGAGGGUCCGAUCUGAAGGUAAUGCUGGAAAGAGAGGUGGCUCGCCUGGUGACCUCUUUGUUAUUAUUGAAGUCAUCCCAGACCCUGUGCUAAAACGUGAUGACACUAACAUCUUGUACACAUGCAAAGUCUCAUACAUAGAUGCAAUUUUGGGUACAACGAUUAAGGUACCAACAGUUGAUGGUAUGGUUGAUCUCAAGAUCCCGAGUGGAACUCAGCCGAACACUACACUUGUGAUGUCGAAGAAAGGAGUCCCCGUGCUAAACAAAAGCAACAUGAAGGGUGAUCAGUUGGUUCGUGUACAAGUUGAAAUUCCAAAAAGAUUGAGCAGCGCAGAAAGAAAGCUAAUUGAAGAGCUUGCGGAUCUAAGCAAGGCCAAAACGGCUAGUAGUCGAAGAUAACUGCUUAGACAUUAUCUAUCUCUAUUCAUAUAUAGCUGGGCAGAUGAGUGACAAUAUCAUAUUCUCCUCUGUGGAUGCAACUUUGGAGUUGCUUUGUUGCAUGGAAAUUUAGCACUUAGAAAUCAUUAUAGUUUUGAAAAGCGCAAGCAAGUUUCUGUAAUGGUAGGCCAAAGUCAUUGUGAUAAGUUUGUCCUAUAUAAUUUUAUCUUUUUGAAAAGGGAGGAGGAGAUGUAGGAAAUGUUAGUUGGAGAUAUAUUGCUCUUUGAAUUUAUUUUUCUUGAUUUUGAUAACAUUAUUCUUUGAGAUAGGCAAAACUUAAAUCUCUUGCAAAUAUAUUUCCAUUUCAUUUGUGGUUUGAUA